GUGACGUGGGGCAGGGCUUGUCUGCCGUUUAUUAGUCAGAGAGCAAGGAACCAGGUUGCAAGAGCUCACUACUACUACCCACUCUGUCGGGUCAGAGAGAGCUCCCGGGACGAGGGAUGUUUUUAUACUACAAAACGUUCUAGUAGAGAGACAGUGAACAGAAACACAGACCGGGGUGUCGCAGCUGUAUUUCCUGUUGUAAUUAAAACUUUUUUAACUUUUUUAAAGGCCAGUUGCAUUUCAACUGAAGUUGAUGACUUGGGUAAAGCGCUAUCAAUUUUCCGUAGCCCAUUUCGAUAAGUGUGACAAGAGUUUGUCUCUUAUUUUUAUUUUUUUUAAAAAACUUUUGGAAAGUAGGAUUUUUCCACAAUUCUGUGCAUUUUACUAGACUCGUGAUGGUUUUCCUAUCACUUACGUUACUUUUAGGACUUUUAGCUAGUUUGACUUCAGCUGAAAAGGCUGGUGAAGUAGAACGAGAGGAGCUGCUCAAGAGCCGGCUGAAGGAAUAUGGCCUGGUCACUCCCUUCAGCACCGACGCCCGCGGACACUACCUGUCACACCUGCUCUCGGCCAAUCACAAGCAGCGCGUCCGGCGGGAGGCCUUCCCCUCCGGGGAGCCCCAGCAGACGCUCUUCUUCAACAUCACCGCCUUCGGCAAGGAGUUCCACCUCCGCCUGCGCCCCAACGACCGGCUGGUGGCCCCCGGGGCCAAGGUGGAGUGGCACGGCAACGAUGGCGGCGGAAGAGAGAGCGAGGACGACGGCGGCGGCGGCGGCGGCACUGGCGACAUGGGAGAGGGCGUGAAGAACCGAACCGGGCCUGGGGGAGCUGAGCGGAUACUGAGGCGAGAGCUCCUCAAGACGGACUGCACCUUCAUCGGCGACAUCACAGAUGUUCCCGGGGCUUCGGUUGCCAUUAACAACUGUGAUGGGCUGGCGGGGAUGAUCCGGACCGACUCGGACGAGUACUUCAUCGAGCCCUUGGUGCGGGGCGCCCAGGAGCUCGAGGACAACGGCCGGGUCCACGUGGUCUACCGCCGCUCGGCCAUGCUGCAGGAGCCCUCUGACGACCCCCUGGACGACCACCAACACGAGAUGGACGUGCCGGGCGCGCUAGACGCCGUGGCCAGGCAGGUGAACCAGACGGUUCGCAGCCGGCGCCACGCCGGGGAGGAGGACUACAACAUCGAGGUGCUCCUGGGCGUGGACGACUCGGUGGUCCGCUUCCACGGCAAGGAGCACGUGCAGAACUACCUCCUGACGCUCAUGAACAUUGUGAGUGGCCGCACCCGCCCUCCCUCCCUCCCUCCCUCCCUCCCUUCUUUGACUGUCUCCUUCGACAAGGCUGCUGCUGUCACAUCUCGUCCCGACAUCAUCUCCCCUCUCCACCCCCCGCAUACACACACACACACACACACACACACACACACACACACACACACACACACACACACACACACACACACACACACACAUACACACACACACACACACACACACACACACACACACACACACACACACACACACACACACACACACAAACACACACUUUAUUUUCCUCAAACUCCCCAUGUCUGUCAUUAUGUGCUUUUGUUCUGCCUCACUCUCCCGUUGAUCUCUAAUUACCCUCUGUCUCCAGGCUACGCUCCAGUGACCGGCAUGUGCCACCCAGUGAGAAGCUGUACCCUCAACCAUGAAGACGGCUUCUCCUCUGCCUUUGUCGUGGCCCACGAGACCGGACACGUACUGGGGAUGGAGCACGACGGUCAGGGGAACCGCUGUGGGGACGAGACCACCAUGGGCAGCGUGAUGGCCCCCCUGGUGCAGGCGGCGUUCCACCGGUAUCACUGGUCCAUGUGCAGCGGGCAGGAGCUGAAGCGCUACAUCCAGUCCUAUGACUGUCUCCUGGACGACCCUUUCAAGCACGACUGGCCUCAGCUUCCGGAACUCCCUGGCAUCAACUACUCAAUGGACGAGCAGUGCCGCUUUGACUUUGGUGUCGGCUAUAAGAUCUGCACUUCAUUCCGUACCUUCGACCCGUGCAAGCAGCUGUGGUGCAGCCAUCCAGACAACCCGUACUUCUGCAAGACCAAGAAGGGCCCGCCCCUCGACGGAACCGAGUGUUCGCCCGGAAAAUGGUGCUACAAAGGUCACUGCAUGUGGAAGAACCCCAACCAGGUGAAGCAGGACGGGUCCUGGGGCAACUGGGGCAAGCACGGCGCCUGCUCCCGGACCUGUGGAACCGGGGUCCGCAUCCGCACCCGCCAGUGCACCAGUCCGGCGCCCUCCAACGGUGGUCAGGACUGCCCGGGAAUCAAUUACGAAUACCAGCUCUGCAACCCCGACGAAUGCCCCAAGCACUUUGAGGACUUCAGAGCCCAGCAGUGUCAACUCCGCAACUCUCACUUUGAGUUCCAGGGCUCCAAGCACCACUGGCUGCCCCACGAACACCAAGACCCGAGCAAGAGAUGUCACCUGUACUGCCAGUCCCGGGAAUCAGGAGACCUGGCCUACAUGAAGCUGUUGGUGCACGACGGCACCAAAUGCUCCUACAAGGACGCCUACAGCGUGUGUGUCAGAGGGGAGUGCGUGAAAGUUGGCUGUGACAGAGAAAUUGGUUCUCACAAAGUUGAGGACAAGUGUGGAGUUUGUGGCGGAGACAACGCACAUUGCCGUACAGUAAAAGGGACAUUCACUCGCACGCCCAAGAAAGCAGGGAAAACAAGAGGAGCCUUUUCCUUGCCCAAAGGAGCACGACAUGUGUACCUGAACGAGACGGAGGAUUCUAGAAAUGUACUUGGUCACCUUAAGAUGUUUCUGGUUCCUCCGGGAGCGAGACACGUGGUCAUACAAGAAAAUGAGGCCUCGCCUCAGGUUCUUGCGGUGAAGAACCAGGCGACGGGGCACUACAUCCUCAACGGGAAGGGGGAGGAGGCGGGCUCCAGGACCUUCAUCGACCUGGGGGUGGAGUGGGAGUACCAGGUGGAGGCUGACGUGGAGACCCUGCACACCGACGGACCGCUACACGACCCCGUCGUCGUUCUGAUAAUACCAAAGGACAAUGAAACCAGGUCUACUUUGAUGUAUAAGUACAUCAUCCAUGAAGACUCGGUGCCAAUUAACAACAACAAUGUCAUCCUGGAAGACACGUACGAGUGGGCUUUGAAGAGUUGGUCGCCCUGUUCCAAGCCUUGCGCUGGAGGGUUCCAGUACACCAAGUAUGAUGUCGAAGAGAAAGGGGACACCCGGAUGGUCCAUCGAGGUUACUGUGACGUCAGCAAGAAGCAGCCCAUACGCAGGAUGUGUAACCUCCAGGACUGCACACACCCUCAGUGGAUCUCGGAGGAGUGGGAGAACUGUCCCCGGACCUGUGGCAGCCUGGGCUUCCAGAUCCGGACGGUGCGCUGCGUGCAGUACUCCCAGGACGGCACCAACCGCUCGGUCCACACCAAGUACUGCAGCGGGGAUCGGCCCGAGAGCCGGAGGCCCUGCAACCGGGUGCCCUGUCCCUCCCUGUGGAGGGUGGGGGCCUGGUCCGAGUGUUCGGUGACCUGUGGUGAGGGCGCGGAGAGGCGUCUAGUGAGCUGCCGGGUCGGAGACCAAUGCACCGGGGAGAGACCAGAGGCCAUAAGGCCGUGCCGACCAGGACUUUGCCACGAUGAGCCUUGCCACGGAGACAAGUCCAUCUUCUGCCAGAUGGACGUGCUGGCCCGGUACUGCUCCAUCCCCGGCUACCACAAGCUGUGCUGCGAGUCAUGCGGCCGGCGCUCGCCCUCCUCCCUCCCCCCCGAGUCCGCCCAGACGGAGGAGGAGCACCUGCGCUUCGGCUCCGCCUCCCAGCUCCUGGAGACGCUCACCGCCAACGCCACCGCCAGGAGACACGGCCUGCCGAAACCAGGCCCGGGUAAGCACGGUUCGGCGAAGGCAUCGACGCCGGCAAAGGCUGGCCAACACGCGGCCGCCGGCCCAACCCGCGCCCCGCUGAGGAAGGCAACGGCCCCGCCCAACGGCAAGCCGCCGAGGCAGCGUGUGGUGCGGAGCCGGAGGCUCGCCGCCAUGGCGCCGGCGUCCCUAGCCGCCGGACACGAGAGGUCACAUGGAGAGGGUCAGAGGUCAGGGGAGAGUGGCUGGGCGAACACUGAGGGGGAAAGAUGAGGGGGGGGGGGGGGGGCAGGGAGGUGUGGCCAGAACUCUGCUGCAGUCCAUUCCCAGCUGUUCUCCCUCUGCCCCCACUCUCCUUCGCACGACAUCGCAAGGAGAGAUAGAACGACAAAAAAAAAAAGAGAAAAACGGAAGGAAGACGAAGAGAAAAAGAGAAAAGUGCUGGUACACUUUGAGUCCCGUUCCCAAAUCCAGUGCCGUUGAUUUGUAUAGCACUGCCUAGUCCCACAGCAAGCUCUUUUUAACGCGUGAUAUACUGUACACCCUGAGGUUGAAUCGAAGGCAGGUUGUCACACUCAGUUUUAUCUAGAUUCAAUAAGGGCCAUUUUGUCACAAACCAAAUAUGGAUUCAAAGACGAAACAGAAAAGACGAUCUUUUAUUCUGCACGAUUCGUUUUUUUUGGGGGUGCAAAGAUUUGGUAUCUUUUAGAGACGGCCUUGUUUAUCUAACAGUAAUAUAAAUUCAAUUUGACCUGAACCCCAACACUUUUGAAUCUCUUUUGAAAAAUGUUAAUCUUAGUCAUUCUUGGCCAUUCUGGUUAAUAUCCCCAGUUCUCUGAACUUGGCUGAUAAGGCGUACUGGCUCAUUUUGAAUGAAUUUGGAGGACUUCAAGACUUCCAAACACAAAAGUCCUGAGGGGAGUAGUUCUAGUUGUAUAGAACAUUUUGUUUUGUUUACAAUCUCAGUUUCUAUGAAAAAAUAAAUCAGUAUUAUUUUUGAAUAGGGAUGUGAUGAGCAGGCCGGUGAACUUUGAGCCCCUAUAUUAUAACUCGAAGUCAACCGGUUCAUUCUCAUUCUUCUUAUUUAACAGCGAGACUGGCCUUUUAAAUUGAAUUGAUGCUUCUGCUCCCAGGUUUCACCUUAAACUGCUAUUACCGUGAGAGCCAUACGGCUAGAGAUUGAAAGCCGUGACCUUUAUGGACCUUGUAUUCAAUAUUCAUCUCCAUUGUAUGAUUGUGUAUAUGUUGAAAAUGGUAAAAAAAAAAUAAGGAAAAAAAAGAAAAAGGAUGACAAUAUCGAGAUCGAAAGUUUUUGUUUUAUCUGCUACGCAGGAGAGAAAAAAAUUGUUUUAGCAAAAUCGGUUUGAUUUUGAUUCGGACGAAUUGUAACGAAUGAACCCAAAUAGUGUUGUCACGAGCGGUGCUAUUUUCUUUCUGAGGUCUGCAUGAUCUCGGCUCAGUUGAGGGCCUACAUUAGGUCCAUGCAGUUAUUUUUGCCCUGGAAUAUAUUAUUAAUAGAACUCAUCCCUUGACACAACCACAUGUUUUUGCACACAUAUACACGCAUUUGUAAGUCUGAGGUUUGAUUGGUCGGGUUCUUACAAAAAGCAUGUAUGCUUCCAGUACCACCGCUUUCUUAUAAGCAUACUGAGCUGGACUUUGUGGAUCAGACCCGACACUUUCAAUGUCGAACGAUUUCUUUAUCCUAAUCAUAGUUUUUUUCUAUAUGGCCUUUCCGGUUGUGGAAGGUCUUAGAGACUGAAAGCUAUUUAUUAAAAAAUAAAAGGAUUCUCACAGCCACCAUGCAUUUGACUGCAAUAGCUAAGACACAGGUUUGUGUUUCGGCAAAUAAAAAUAACAAUAGCACACUGCUAUUGACAGUAACUCUUGUGUGCCGAUGUAUAGUGCUUGUAUAUAGCAUGGAGUACAUUUAUAUUUAUUGAGAAGUCAAAGGUUCUGCUUUUGUCGGUUGUUUUUUGUUUUUUUCCGUGCAGUGUCACAUGGUCAUCAACAUGUAGCAGGUGAACCAAUGAGAUCAGAUUUGCAGCGUGACGCCCCUUUCACCCCAACCCUCUAUUUGAAAGCGGAUUAGCAACUUAAACAGUACAGUAGAGUAUGAGUGACAUUGUUUUUGGCACACAAUUAUAUGUAAAUAUACAUGCUCAAUUUGGAGCUGUUUGACUUUUUGUUUUUUGAGAAAGCUGCCUUUCACAGCUGUUUUGUAGAAAUGAACCUAAAAUGCUGUUACAAUGUGCUACCUUUACUGGCAAGACUAAAAAGCUUUAGAUGACCGAGUAAACAAAUACUGUGGCACCAGUAAACCAACAUUAGUGUAAUUCUUUGUGUUUAGUCUGAGUGUUUUCUCAAAACAAUUGCCGUAUUUUCUCCCCAGGUUUACUUAAGGAACUUCAGUUUCCGCGUACAAACAAUGCUGCUAAUUGUAUACGCUUGUAAUUAAUAUUAGGAUAGAUGUAGAUGUUACAUAGACAAUCCCUGAGCCUCAGACAGAUCUUACUGCAUAGUAAAACACCAGGUACUGUAUUGUAUAUCCCCGUGCUACAUGUGCCUUUGAGCAAUAAGAUUUUAAAAAGCCAAAGUGGGUUUCUCUCCUCUCCUUACCGCCUGUCCCUGUAUGUUUGUAGAUGAAGUGUACACUACUGAUGCUGUUUGUUGGAACGGGGAGCACAUAGCAUUAAAAUGAUAUAAUGAACAACCA